AUGGCGAAAACAGUGAAGAAGUUCCCUAAAAUAGAGCAAGUUAAAUUAAAAUUUGACAUAAUGAAACUCGUCCAUGAAAAAGAAAUAAGGUGGCUGGAUUCUCUGACAGAAUCUUCUGCUUCUUCAAGUACUAUGUCAGAAAUAUCAUCACCAUCACCUCAACCGUUCAUUCACCGCAUGUCUUCUCCUUACUUAAGAGAAAAAUCUACCUCACCUUCGUACUGA